AUGGCUGAUCCUCUGGUUGCUAGGUGCCUUUACUCUGGCAAAGGUUAUAUGAUUCCUUUGAAUCAAUGCAUGAGCAACUUUGAGUUGUAUGAAGACAUUUUCCGUACAUUCCAAUUUUUCCCAAGUGAUAUUAUUGAGCUUCAAUAUUCAGUUCCAGGUUGUGAAGUUUGUUUUCUUCGUAACGAUCGUGAUUUCCAGAUGCUGUUUUGCUCUGCUAGAAUACAUCGGUUAGAGUGUAUCGAUAUUUCAGUUUUAAAGAUUGGGGGAGGUUGUAGGAGAACUUGUUCGAUGGAUGGUGGUUCGGAUGUUAUUGAUGAAGAUGAUUAUUUGGGUGAGGCAUUCAGGACUGAAGUUCACAAGACGUAUUUGUCUGAUGAGUGGAGUUCUUAUAUUCAUCAUGUCGGGGAUAAGUUUCAUGGUGCUGCUGAGCUCCGUGAGAAGCUCAAAAAGUAUGCAAUUGCAGUUGGCUUCGAGUUUGUGUUCCUGAGAAAUGAUUUGGACCGUAUUCAUGCAGUCUGUGCAAAUGUUGGAACCAAAGGUUGUGAUUGGCAUCUUCGUGCUUUUUCAUCAUCUGCCAAUGGUUGCCUUUAUAUAAUAGAGUUGAAUAAUAUUCACACUUGCAAGGGUGUAGUUAGGACUCAAAAGCACAAGCUUUUGGGAUCCAAGGUUGUCAAGACUUGCAUUGCUGCUGAUGUUAGCUAUAAUCUUUCAUUGAAGCCAAGGGAGAUUAUGAGCAAGUUCAAAUCAACAUAUGGGUUUGAUAUUUCCUACAAGGUUGCCUUGAAAGCAAAGCAUCAGGCCAAGGAAGCGAUUUAUGGUUCCGAUGCAGACACAUUCAGCAAGUUAUCUUGGUAUAAGGAAGCUGUUUUGCAGAAAGGCUUCCAAUUCUGUUUGCCUGUGUUGUAUGUUGAUGGAACAUUUGAUAAAAGCAUUUACAAGGGGCAGAUUCUGUCUGCAACUGGAAGGAAUGGGAAUCAAGGUUUCUACCCUCUAGCCAUAUGUUUUUGUGAUUCUGAGACAGAUGCAAACUGGACAUUCCUUUUCAAGCUUUUGAAGAGUCUGCUUGAACCUCAAGGAAGAGUUAUCACAUUUAUUAGUGAUCGGGGUGUUGGAUUGUUGAGUGCUUUCUAUAAGGUAUUUGCUGGUAAUCCUCAUCUGUUUUGUUACAAGCACUUGGUGGCGAACCUUGCCGGUAAAUAUAGGGGUAAAGGUAAUUCAAAAUUGAUAGAAGAUGUUAAGCAGAAGUUUUUUAAGGUUGCAUAUUCCUCUACACAGAAGGAAUACCGUUUCAAUUUGCGGUUGCUUAGAGCAGUUGGUGGUGCCGAUAUUAUUGACCCUUUUCUUGCUGAAUUGCCUGUGGAAAAUUGGUGCCGUGCAUUUUAUACUAGCUGCCGAUAUGGAAUUAUGGCCAAUGGGAUUGCUGAAUCAUUUAACUCUUGGAUUACAAUUGAGCGUUUGAUGCCAGUCUAUUGUAUGCUGGACCAGACAAGAAUUAAACAAAUGGAGAUGGCAAGUAAAAGGAGGGAAGAGGCAGAACGUUGGACCACAGAACUAACUCCAAAAAUGGAGGAAAGGUUGAAGGUGCAGAUGGAGAAAUCUCGUUGUUUCAGUGACCAUUAUUCAAGCCCUGGAGUUUAUGAGGUUCAGUCUGACUUUUCAUAUGUAGUCAACAUUUCCGAUCAUGCAUGUUCAUGUGUUAAAUGGCAGAUCAAUUGUUUUCCUUGUCCUCACGGCCUUGCUGCAUUACAAGCUGCUUCUGAAAAUGUAGAUGAUUAUAUUGAUAAGUACUUUCAUGUUGAUAUGUUCAAGAAGAGCUACAGUUCUCCUAUCCGUCCGAUAACCAAUGUUGAUAUGUCUUCUUCGGAAUCUACUUCUCAAUGUAUAUUACCUCCCCUUGCGAAGAGGCCCCCCGGGAGGCCUAGGGUGAAGCGGUUCAAGUCGGUUGGAGAGGUUGAAAAGAAGCUGAUUCGUUGUGGUCGUUGUGGCAAAAUGGGCACUCAUAACAAGUUAAGCUGUACUGAACCUCUCGUUCAGCAGUAG